UUUAUGAAACAAAUAGCCAGACAUUUAAAAACGAUUUUAUCUUAAAUAAUAACAUUGCUCAAUUUUGCAAUAAAAAUGAAUUUAUUAAAAACAUAUAGCGAACUUCGGAAGAAAAUAAAUAAAAUAUUGAAUAAGCCUAAAGAAAAUGAACUUCUUCUUGAUAUCAAUGAAUUUGAAUAUCCAAGGGCAAAUGAAACAUAUAGAGAGAUACAUAAACAAUUAUGGCAAGAAUAUUAUAACUGUUUAAGGAAAGCAUAUACUAAUAUUGAAUCAGGAAAGACAAUGCAUCCAGAAGCUCUUAUAGCUAUGGAAGGAACACUUGUCACGUUGCAAUGUCAAAUAUGUAUUUCUCCAAUAGAAACAUAUGCAAAUAAUAAUAUAGAGUGGUACUUCAACAAUAAUGACAGUAAUGAAACAAGUACAAUAAUAGAAGAAUUAGAUAACAUUCUGAUUUCACCAAAUGAAAAGGAAUUAAUAAUACAUAAUAUUAAAUCUGAACAAGCUGGGCAAUACUGGUGCAAAUUAGGAGAUAUGCUGUCAACAUCUUAUUAUGUGUCUAUCGAUACUAACUCUGAAGAAAUAAAAAUUGUGUAUCCUAAUACUGCACCAAAUAAGCCUCAUGCAAUACCAAAAAAGACAAUAACGGAAUAUAAUUUAAAUGUUUAUACAACAUGGACUAAAUGGUCACCAUGUUCUAAAUGCAAUAUAGUUGGUAAAAAAGUUCGAUACGGUUACUGCACUAUUUCUUCAAAUGUAGUAACAAAAGAAACAAAGAGACAAAUUACAAAAGAUGAACAGAAUGAAAUGCCAGAAGAUAUAACUCAAAAUGAAGUUCUUAAUGAAGGUGUUAAUGAUAAAAUCAGAACGAUUUUACGUUUAUUUAGAAACAAACUACCCUGUAAAAGUAAGCACGUGCCUAAAGAACUUUUGGAUAUUUCGGAUAUUAACGAUAGAAAGACAGAAAUGAUGGUGCGAUAUUGCAAGAUAAAGUGCUCACAAAAUACAAUAUUUGAAGUGCGUGAUAAACAAGGAAAUGUAAUCGAAAGUGCAAAUAAUAGUGCUGGUAUUUAUUCUAUGAUCCAAGGAAUACCUGUUCCAUCACCACCAGUUAUACGCACAACUAUUUAUCAAAAAUAUGAUAAGAAAGCAAUACUUAUAUGCCCAGGAAGCUUAAAUACAAAUAUACCAAUUACUUGGAAUGUUAAUAACAAAUUCUUGAAUCCAACGGUUAUUCAAGAUCAAUCUCAAGGAAGAAUUUAUAUUAAUCCACAAAUGCAUAUAAUCUUCAAAUCAUUAAAAUUCGAAGAUACAAACGUCUAUAGUUGUUGGCAGAAAGAUAAAAUUAUUGGCGUAAUAAAAUUAAAUGUGACUGGAGAAAUAGAGUUACAAACGAAUUAUAGUGUAAUUAUGGUUGGUGGAAUUUUAAUAAUUAUUGUAUUUAUGAUGGUAUUCUGGAGAGCAUUCCAAGGUCGUAAACGCUUUACAGUACAUUAAUUACACCAUAUAUUGUACUUUUUAAAUAAAACACUAUAUCAAUAAAUGAGAGUUCGUUAAA